CUCCCUCCCUCCCUCCUCCCUCCCUCCUCUGAGGCGCACAGCUCGACAGUCGGCAGGCGGCAAUGGAGGAAUCGAACCGGACUGCUUGACAGCUGAGCCACUGGCUUCCAAGUAAACACAGCAGCGCAACUGAAUUCCUGAAACUGGAAACUUCAAGGAAGACGUCUCUGCAGAAAGCCACCAAACACUCCUCUCUUUCCACUGCGAGGGCUGAUUUAAUAGUUACCUCUUUAAAAUGAGGAUGUAACUCAGCCUUCGUCUUUUUUUCUUAAGAGAAAUCAAUAUGCAGGAUAGACUCGCCCCAGUGGUGAAUCUCACAAGCGUUCACAUUCAUCGUCAGAUAUGUUUAUUCUAUAACUUGGUGGAUAUCUGAGCAAUUAAAAACAAAAUAGGCGACUAAAACUCCCCAAAAUAUGUUUCACUCAGAUACACUUAUUGAAUAUAGACUUGUUUUAUUGUGAGGGUUGAUUGACAAGUUUCUGUCACCAUCCCCAUGAGCUUAAAGGAAAACACUGAUAGAGAUUCCUUUCAUUUCUUCUUCUACUUUUUCAGUUAUCACUGUCACAAAAAUAUUCUGUGCCGUCAGUAACGUCAGACACAACCCAGAGGAAUUUUGAACUCAGACGUUAUGAUGAUGAUGUUGGGACAUCAACGUGUUACAGUGCACUCAGCCUUGACUGGCAGCUCACGUAGGACUCUCGUUAUGCCAUAAUGAGGACUAUGGCUGAACAGAUCAACUGAACCCUCAUGUCUAAAUAAAUCCGAUUUAAAAGUGAACUGUUCCACACAAACAAUCAGGCGAACCCAGAAGAGCGUUUCUUUUAAUUUACCCAUGCCUGCGUGUGGUGCAAGGAUGCCCCAUAACUGUGUCUGCUGUUCCUGAGAGAGACCAAGACCAGGAGGAGGAGAAAGGGUAGGAAAUGACAGAGUGCCUGACAGAAUGCAAAGCGCUGGUGACUCCGUCCACGCGCAACGGCCACCACGUCUUCAGCUACACGCUAGAGAGCCACACGGCGGCCGCCUUCGCCAUCAUGAACGAGCUGCGCCUGGAGCGACAGCUGUGCGACGUCACGCUGCGUGUGCGCUACAAAGACCUGGAGGCUGUGGACUUCGAGGCUCACAAGGUGGUGCUGGCCUCCUCGUCCCCAGUCUUCAGGGCCAUGUUCACCAACGGCCUGAAGGAGUGUGGUAUGGAGUUGGUGCCCAUUGAAGGGAUUCACCCCAGGGUUAUGGACAGACUGAUAGAGUUUGCCUACACAGCCAGCAUCUCUGUGGGAGAGAAGUGUGUGAUCCACGUAAUGAACGGAGCCGUCAUGUACCAGAUCGACAGCGUGGUCAAGGCCUGUUGCGACUUCUUGGUCCAGCAGCUCGACCCCAGCAACGCUAUCGGCUUCGCCAGCUUUGCAGAACAGAUUGGCUGCACAGAGCUCUACCAGAAGGCCAGAGAGUACAUCUACAUGAACUUCAGCCAGGUUGCGACCCAGGAGGAGUUCUUCAAUUUGUCCCACUGUCAGCUGGUCACCCUCAUCAGCCGUGAUGAGCUGAAUGUGCGCUGCGAGUCUGAAGUCUUCCAGGCAUGUGUAGCCUGGGUGCGCUACGACCGGGAGAACCGGCGACCAUAUGUCCAGGCCUUACUCCAGGCUGUCCGCUGCCAUUCCCUCACCCCCAACUUCCUGCAGGCCCAGCUCCAGUCUCUGGAUUGGGACCCCCAGUGCAAAGACUACCUGGCCCAGAUCUUCCAGGACCUCACCCUCCACAAGCCCACCAAAGUCAUUUCUUGCAGAACUCCCAAGGUGCCGCAGCUCAUCUACACAGCCGGAGGCUAUUUCCGUCAGUCUCUCAGCUACCUAGAGGCCUACAAUCCCUGUACGGGAAGCUGGCUGAGGCUGGCUGACCUGCAGGUGCCCCGAAGUGGCCUGGCCGCCUGUGUGAUCAGUGGGCUUUUCUACGCUGUGGGUGGAAGAAACAAUGCGCCUGAUGGCAACAUGGAUUCAAAUGCAUUGGACUGCUACAAUCCCAUGAACAACUGCUGGCUGCCAUGCGCACCGAUGAGCGUGCCAAGGAACCGAAUCGGAGUUGGCGUCAUCGAUGGCAUGAUAUAUGCAGUUGGUGGAUCACAUGGGUGCAUUCAUCAUAAUAGUGUAGAAAGGUAUGAUCCAGAAAGGGACCAGUGGCAGCUGGUAGCCCCCAUGUUGACGCGGCGUAUCGGUGUGGGUGUAGCCGUCAUCAACCGGCUACUUUACGCUGUGGGGGGGUUUGAUGGGACCAGCCGGCUCAGCUCCUGUGAAUGCUACAACCCAGAGCAGGACGAAUGGAAAACCAUGGCUGCUAUGAACACUGUGCGCUCAGGGGCUGGUGUAUGUUCACUGGGGAAUCACAUCUUUGUGAUGGGUGGCUACGAUGGCACCAACCAGCUUAACACAGUGGAGCGCUAUGAUGUGGAAAAUGAUACGUGGAGCUUUGCUGCCUCUAUGAGGCACCGGCGCAGUGCUCUGGGAGUCACCGCUUUGCAUGGACACAUCUACGUAUUGGGAGGUUACGACGGCAACACUUUCCUGGACAGCGUGGAGUGUUACGACCCAGAGAAGGACACGUGGUCGGAGGUGACGCACAUGACGUCAGGGCGGAGCGGUGUAGGCGUGGCCAUUACCAUGGAGCCGUGCCAGAAAGAAGUGCCAUCGUGUCUGGGGUCUGAGAGGGAGAACGGUGCUGCUUCACCGGCCUAUCAGUCAGCCAACUCCAGUAUUGGUGUUCACCACAGUCAGCGGCACAACGGGCCCUUCGGCAAAGGCCCUGAAGCUCAUUGCUAGGCCCUGUCACACAUGCACAUUUACAAACAAGCACCCUGAAACUCAACACUGUCUUCCCGAAUCAAAAUAAGACCUCUCACAACUGAUUAGAGACAGAGGUGAGCUGAAACUUCUGAAUGCUACCUCACUGGUUGUAGAUAUCACACUUGAUGUGAAUUAAAAAAAAAAAAAAAAAACUAACUCUUUUGAUAAGGUGACAAAAAAAGAAAGUGAGUUGAGUAGCUCUGUUGGAUUGUCUGAACCAUGUACGACUCCUGGUCUUUCAGACAAGUUUCCAAGAUGUGAUGUUUGAUUAAUUUGUUUGUGGUGAAUUGUGUUUUCGCCAAAUCUGACUUGGACCUCAGUCAGUCUGUGUGUUAGCAUUUAGCUUUUGUAGUCCUCAGUCGGACCAUCAUCUCCCAGGUUUGAGCCGCGGGAGGAAAGGGCUGCAGACUAAAAGGGCCAAUAACUGGCUCAUAGAGUCAUCAGGGGAAAGGUUUGUAAUAUUUAAUCUGAGGGGAAGAAAGAAAUUUAAAUGAUCCCAUUGGGUAAUAUAAACAGCAUUUGUCAGUCAGUGUGGGCAGUAGAGUUCAAAGUGCCAUUACAAUUGCUGCAGGCAGUAUGCCAUCUGUAUUCUGUCGAAAAGUGCUUGUGUUGGAAAGGCACAGUCACUGUGUGGUUCGAAGACAUUAACAGACGGUCACAAGAAUUUGCUUAUACCAGACAAAAGGCCUCAUGCAAGAGUAUUUUGGUUUACUUAUGUUUCAAGUCAUUGUUCAUUUAAACCUGAUUCGUGCCACCUCUUCAUGAGGACAAACAGAUUUGGGAGGCAACUGAAAUUAUGGCAGUAAAAUCUUAAAACAAACAUACCUUGUCCAUCAGUCCCCUUAAAGAACCAUGUGAAAAACAUCUUGCAAUGUUAAAGAGAGGGACAUUUCUCAAUCUGCCCCAAAAUUAAAUGGUUCCUCCAGGACCAAUUAUAGUGUUUUCUUGCUUACAUACAAACCAACAAACACACAGGGGGAAACAUUACUUCCUUAGUUGAGUUGAUUAAAAAAAAAAUUUUUUUAAGGCCUAAUACAUUUCCUGCACAUGCCAUUUAGGAACACAUCCAAUUGUUAAUAUUACUGGUUCUUGCACGAGGCCUCAAAUUUAAGUGUCCGUACAGGAGAAGCAGCACUUUACAGUAACUGCAUAGUAACUAACGUGUCCUUUGAUUAAAAGCCACUGGUGGGUUGGUAAAAUGUGAAAAUAUUAGAAAAAAGAUGUUAGAAACAUAUUGAGAGAAUUAUCUUUGUCUGGUGUAAUUGGUUUGUGGCGUGCCAAGAAAAUGGAGAAAUGGGAUUUUGUGUUUAGAGGAAACAGAAUACUGUAGCAUCAAAAGAACUUGGAUUAAAAAUGUCACUGAAUGUGUUUUCUAAAAACACUAAUUACUGACAGGCUUGAGAACCUGUCUCUACAGUCGACCCUUUGGUUUUCACAUCCACCAGACCUCAGAAACAGAAGCGACCAUGUUGGUGCAUUAGUGUUCAAUUAUUGUACACUAAUGACAACAGCUUACUUAAAGAAGUGUAUUUGUAACAGCAAUUUAAGCUGCAAAGGUUUUUAAGUGAUAUUUUGUACAUUGAUACUCUUAAGAAGUCUUGUACAGAAUUUGCGUUCACUUUUUUUAUUUAUUUGUUCUGAUUCUUUGGGUUUUCUCAUUCCUCUAAACUGACAUCAGCUUUGUAUUGAAUCGGACCCCGGUGUUGUGUUUUUUAAACAACUAGCAUGCAUUGUAACUGAGUAGGAAUGCCUGUCAAUGCUAAUUUUGAAUGUUUGUAAAAAAGAGAAAAAAAAUGUUUUGCUUCACUUUAAAAGGGACUUUGUUUCCUGUUGGUCAGUAGUUGGAAUGGAAAUUAGAAUAUUUAAGGUCUGCUUUGUACAUUUUUUUCCCAGCAAAAUGUCCUGUACAUUGUAAAGUAAAAUAUAUGUUUAUUGCA